UCCUCUGAACAAACCGGAGAACCAACGAGGAAGUCGCUCGGCUCCUCCAGCUUUAGCAAACGUGGCCUUACUGGACGACAGCACACGAACCAGCCUCUGUCUCCUGUAGCGCCGCUCGACUGAAUCCUGUGAAGAUGGCUGACGUGGACCAGGGGUCUGUGCCGCCCCCCGAUGCCUCUGUCCCGAUACCGGGGCUCUCGCCCGACGCGGAGCUCAACGGGACCGACGUUCUGAAUGCGACGGCGGCGAAGUUCGUGGCGACACCGGAGGGAACAGCGCUGGCGUACGGGAGCCUGCUGUUCAUGGCCCUGCUGCCCAUCUUCUUUGGGGCCCUGCGGUCCGUCACCUGCUCCAAGUCCAAGAACUCGUCUGACAUGCCCGAGACCAUCACCGGCAGAGACGCGGCGCGCUUCCCCAUCAUCGCCAGCUGCACGCUGUUCGGACUCUACCUGUUCUUCAAGGUGUUCAGUCAGGAGUACAUCAACCUCCUUCUCUCCAUGUACUUCUUCGUCCUGGGGAUCCUGGCCCUGGCUCACACACUGAGCCCCCUGAUGGCCAAGGUGUUCCCCGCCUCUAUACCCAUCAAGCAGUACCAGCUGCUCUUCACCCAGGGCUCUGGGGAGGCCAAGGAGGAGGUAGUGAACUAUGAGUUUGACACCAAGGACCUGGUGUGUUUGGUGAUUGGGGGCGUGGUCGGCGUCUGGUACGUGCUCAAAAAGCACUGGGUGGCCAACAACCUGUUUGGUUUGGCGUUCGCUCUGAACGGCGUGGAGCUCCUGCACCUGAACAACGUCUGCACCGGCUGCAUCUUGCUGGGGGGGCUGUUUGUGUACGACGUCUUCUGGGUGUUUGGAACCAACGUCAUGGUUACCGUUGCCAGGUCCUUUGAGGCGCCAAUCAAACUGGUAUUCCCCCAGGACCUGCUGGAGAGAGGGAUGGAUGCCAGUAACUUCGCCAUGUUGGGUCUUGGAGACAUCGUCAUCCCUGGCAUCUUCAUCGCUCUGCUGCUGCGCUUCGACAUCAGUCUGAAGAAGAACAGCAGGACGUAUUUCUACGCUAGCUUCCUGGCCUACAUCUUCGGCCUGGGACUGACCAUCUUCAUCAUGCACACCUUCAAACACGCACAGCCUGCUCUGCUAUACCUGGUGCCAGCCUGCAUCGGUUUCCCGGUCCUCGUGGCGCUGAUCAAAGGAGAGGUCACAGAGAUGUUCAGGUACGAGGAGACCCCCCCAGAGGAGGAGGAGGAGGGCUCUAAAGACGAAGCACCAGAGACAGAGAAGAAGGACCAAUAGCAUCGCCCGCUGCUCCACAUACCCCACCCACUCCUCCAAUCAGCCGCCACCACAUUUCACCCACAGCCCCGCCUCCUCCCCUGCUCUUUUCCCUUUUUUUCUGCAUGGGGGGGGGGUAGGGGGAGGGGGAGGGGUGAAGCUCCCGUUGCCAAAGCAUUUGAGUGUCUGGUUGUCUUGGAAACGGCCACCUGUCACUCUCUGGCUGUGGCCGUAGUCACGGUAACCCAGCUGGUGGGAUAUAGACCCUGUGCCCCUAGCCGGUGGCUGCGGGCACACAGGAAGUCCAACCUCCUAAUUUCCUGUGUGUCACCAGCCCUGGGAACACGCACACAUUGACCGAAUGACUGACUUCAGUCCUGACCUAUCUGCCUGCAGCUUCCCACGUCCAUCUCCUCCUCCUCCUCCCCUCCUCCUCUCUCCCUGGCCAGAAUGUUAAGGCUCUCAUCGCGGUACCACAAAUGCUUUGUACUGAGGUACCGCUCCAUCCGUUACCUGGCAACAGUCAUGGAGCAGCUUAGCAUAGCCUAGCUGUCCCGAGGUUAGCGACAGGACAGGCCCAGAAGCUCACCGUGCUUUGGGUUUGACCGUCUGGUCUGGUUGAGCUGAACGAGACCAGAGCAGUGGUACAGUGGAGCAGAGUCCCUGAUUCAAUCAAACGUCUUAAAGUUCUUGUCCGCCUCCCCGCUUCCUCUCACCUCCUCUGUCCGUCCUCAAAGCUGAUUGGUGCAGGAGAUUCUGAGGGAGGACCUGUCAUCCAAUGAUCUGUGAGGAUCUUCAGCUUGAGCUUUACAUCGACGCUGGUGACGCCAUCAGUCUGACCACGGGUCUGAUAGAGGAAUGUAUUGAUUGAUGAUAACUUGAUCAACUGUUUAUCUGCCUAGCCACCUUAAUGGGGAGCACGGCGCUGGUCAAACUUGUCAAACUGGUCAUGACGGUUCCUUCUGUACCGGCGACCUGGCCCUGCUUUUAGGUGAAUUGGCGUCGUGUCGCCAGAGGGGGCGCUGCCUGUUCCAGUGUCGCUGCUCUUUAAUGAGACUGGAUGGUACGGAGUGCAGACCUGUGAACGCAGCCUUUUCGUUUGAACAUUAGCUAAUGUCCCGGCGCACGGUAAUCUGCCUGGUUGUAUGAAACUUUAAUUUGUUACGAUGCUUGAUGUUAAUGCUUUAUGGAAAGUUUUGUAUUUGAUGUCAAUUAGUAAAAGAGAUAUCCUCAUUGUGUUCAUCUGGUGAAGUUUAGUAGCCGCUUAUCAUUUUAAAAACAUUUAGUACCUGUAUUCAUGUGAGGUGGUAUCUGUGCAGGGUGUCGUGUGAACGGCACGAACUAUUUUAUUUGAAUAAAGUUUUGGUUGGUGUUUAAUCGCCACAUGCAAUCUUGGUUUCGUUGUUCCAUGAUCCCACGCAUUUAUAGAGAAAUAAACUGCAUAAAACAUCAUGAACAUGUGAUUAUCAUAAGCUAAGGUCCACUGUACAGCCUCGUCGGCAGCCUUUCAAUAAAUACAGGAUACGUAAACUAAAGGUACUGAACUACCAAAUGUUGAUAUGACGAAUGAUU